CGCGCUAGUGCUCCAAUUGACCAAUGAUGACUCAGAGCAAGCAGCUCGCCUCCCUUCACCUCGCCUGACUCUUGAAAUAUACUUUCUCCCAACAUCUACACUCGAUCAAAAGAAGCCAUUGAAUGUCCUCACGUACAGAAUUAAGUAAGAAGAGCCCGCGCGAGUCCUUCCCUCAUUCAGCAUACAUCGCAUCACAGUCUAUACAAGAAUUCGUCCCCACUUCCGGCACGUAUCCCAAAGGCUUCCAAGUCGGCAGCAUCAACGUCGGCAUAAAACCAGCAAGCAAGUCUCAACCUGACUUAGUCCUCGUAGCUUCCGAGAAGCCGUCCAAUGGAGCUGCGGUGUUUACCAAGAAUGAAUUCCCGAAUGCUUCGAUCACGGUGUCGAAGGAGAUUGUGAGGAGGACCAAAGGGUGGGGAGUACGGGGUGUGAUUGCGAAUUCGUGGUGUGGGAAUACGAUCACUGGGAAGCAGGGACUUGAGGAUUCUUUGAUAAUGAGUAAAGAAGCCGGUAGGUAUAUUUCUGGAGAGACGACAGACGCUGAAGCAGAGUCUUCUGUGAUGGUGAUGCAUACCGGAAUGGGUGGCCAGCGCCUCCCUAUAAACAACAUCAUCAAAGGGAUCCCCACCCUCCACGCCAGCAUGGGCAAUUCCCACACGCACUGGCUCGAAGCAGCCCGUGGCCUCUCCACAACCGACACAUUCCCCAAACUCGUCUCCCGAACCUUCACUCUCCCCUCCUCCCCCACCAUCACCUAUUCCAUCGCCGGCCUAACCAAAGGCUCCGGAAUGAUCCACCCCAACAUGGCCACCACCCUGGGAAUCAUUUGUACCGACGCUUCCAUCUCUGCACCCGCCCUGCAAAAUUGCUAUCCACCGCUACCGAGAAAUCGCGGGCCAGAAAUCUCACUCGAUUCUUCUUGUGAAGAUUUUAUUUCUUUCCAAAGGAUAUUAGUUGAGUUCAUGGCCGAUAUGGCAAAACUAGUAGUCCGCGACGGCGAGGGAGCAACGAAAUUCAUCACCAUUCGCGUCCAUGGCGCUCCAUCCUAUGCGGCUGGGAAACAUAUCGCGUCUGUGAUUGCGCGCUCAGUGCUUUUUAAGACGGGGAUUUAUGGCAAGGAGCCGAAUUGGGGGAAUGUGGUGGCGGCGCUGGGGUAUUCGUUGAUGAAUACGGGGAAGGGGAUCAUUGUUGGGGAGUUGACUUCUGUUAGUUUUGUUGCGGAGGGAGGAGAGGUGUUGAAGUUUAUGGAGAGGGGAGUUUUGGGGGUGGUGGAUGAGCAAAGGGCGAAGGAGGUUAUGGAGAAGGAGGAUGUGGAGGUUUUGGUUGAGUUGAGGGAUGAUGGGAAGGAGGAUGGGGGCGAGGAAGCGGUUUAUUGGACGUGUGAUUUGACGCAUGAGUUUGUGACCAUUAAUAGCGAUUUUGGGAAUUAG